GGCGCGAUGAGUUCCUUCGGGGGCCAGAUGGCCGAGUACCCCACCAUCUCCAUCGACCGCUUCGACCGGGAGAACCUGAGGGCGCGCGCCUACUUCCUGUCGCACUGCCACAAGGAUCACAUGAAAGGGUUGAGAGCGCCUUCCUUGAAGAGGAGGUUGGAGUGCAGCUUGAAGGUUUUCUUAUACUGUUCACCGGUUACUAAAGAGUUGCUGCUAAUGAGCCCCAAGUACAAAUUUUGGGAGAAACGAGUUGUAUCGAUUGAAAUCGAAAGUCCCACCGUGAUACCUUUAAUUGAUGAAGCAUCGGGCGAGAAAGAAGAGGUGGUCGUGACUCUCUUACCGGCUGCUCAUUGCCCAGGAUCAGUGAUGUUUUUAUUCCAGGGCAGCAAUGGGACUGUCUUGUACACGGGAGACUUCAGACUGGCCAAGGGAGAAGCCGCCCGCAUGGAGCAUCUGCACUCAGGGGGCAGAGUGAAAGACAUCCAAAGCGUGUACGUAGAUACGACCUUCUUCGACCCGAGAUUUUAUCAGAUUCCAAGUCGGGAGGAGUGUCUGAAUGGGAUGCUUGAGCUGGUCCGGAGCUGGAUCACGCGGAGUCCCUCCCAUGUCGUGUGGCUGAACUGCAAGGCUGCCUACGGGUAUGAGUAUCUUUUCACCAACCUCAGUGAAGAGUUCGGCAUCCAGGUCCACGUGGACAAACUGGACAUGUUCCGGAACAUGCCCGACAUCCUGCAGCACCUCACCACGGACCGUGGCACCCAGAUCCACGCCUGUCGGCACCCCAAGGCAGAGGAAUACUUUCAGUGGAAUAAACUACCCUGUGGCAUUACCUCCAGAAAUAGGACCCCACUUCGUACCAUCAGCAUUAAGCCAUCUACUAUGUGGUUUGGAGAAAGAACGAGAAAAACAAACGUCAUUGCGAGGACUGGUGAGAGUUCCUACAGAGCAUGUUUUUCAUUCCACUCCUCCUACAGUGAGAUCAAAGAUUUCUUAAGCUACAUCCGUCCUGUGAAUGCAUUUCCAAAUGUUAUUCCAGUGGGUGCAACUCUGGACCAAGUGAGAGAAACCCUCAAGCCCUUCUGUCGCUCUUCCCAGAGGACAGCACCCAGCUAUCGACCCCUGGGAAAGCUGAAGAGAGCCAGAAGCGCCUGCCCGGACUCAGACGAGGAUGAUGAGCUCUUUGACGAUCCUCUGCCAGCACCGCUACGGCACAAGGCUCCAGGCCAGCUGACUCUGCCGCCUCACGUCUUCCCAGUAGCUGUUAGAGCUCAAAGCCCACCUGCAUCAGGGGCCCCAGGCACAGUGGGCACGCCAGCCUCUCCCUGUGCAAACUUUGUAGACUGCGAGGAAUCCAACAGUGAAAGUGAGGAGGAAACCCCAGCCUCCGCAUCAUCUCAGGGGGAUCUGGGUGCUGCCCCAUGUCACCCCAGGACUGAGGUGGAAGCCCCGCAGUGGGACGCCUUCUUUAAGAGAAGCCAAGAGAUUACUGAGGAUGCGGAGGUGGGGGGCGCACAGUCCCCAAAUCUGCUCAGUGACUCCGACGGGGACUCCACACACAUCUCUUCCCAGAAUUCUUCUCAGUCAACGCAUAUCUCAGAGCAGGGCAGCCAAGGCUGGGACAGCCAGUCAGACACCGUUCUGUUAUCUUCCCAGGAGAAGAAGAGCACCAGUGACCCCAGCACCUUGAACCAAGGUGGCCUCCGACCAAACAUCAAAGGGAGUUUUCCUGUCUUUUAUGUGGAACAAAGCGUCUUUAGCCCAAAGGAUACUGACUCUGAUCUGAAAAGCAGAGAUGAGGAUGGAGAUAGAGGCCCUGGUGCAGAACCAGUGACUCCCAGUGCGGGGGAGAACACGGCCUCAGACGGAGCAUCCCUGACCCUCCUUGCCUCCGGUGCAGAGUCCCAGAGCUCCUCUGACUUUGAAAUCCCCUCCACGCCAGAAGCCGAGCGACCCACUCCAGAGCGCCUGCAGGACCUGUAUGGGAAGCUGGCCGCAGGGGAGAGUAUCACAGUUGGGAAAAGGAGAAGGUCACUCUUAGAUGUUCAAGAAUGAAGAACGCUUCUCAGCUAUCACUAAAGAGCUGAUACCAAAAGAAAUGAAAAUCAUGAUACAUGAAAACAGUAAACUGAAAUGUUUUUAUGAUC